AUGAUUACAGCCAUUGUCAAAAGCUCACCCUCUUCGCCGAAUGCAAUAAGAUUACACUCAUUGCCGUCUUAAUGGAAGGACAAUGCACUUCUAACAAACAACAAGGUGAUGUAUACUUCCCUUUCUUCUGUGCCUCUGCAGCGUAUUCUUCACAACAACACCCGUCUCUUCUAUCUCUCACACAGUCAAUAUUUAUCAGACGACAGUAUGGUUGAGCAGACUCGGCGUAAGAAGUACCCGAAGAAGGAAGAACCUUGCAUUCCUUUGUCAAAAUACAAAGCCAUGACAAAGAAACUGGCGCAGUCCUUGGAUGUUGAAUGCCUUGUGUCUAGCAUGUCCAAGGCCAAAGACUCGUUGGCAGAUGGUGAGGACCAGCCAGUGGAUCCUGGUGAUCAGCAGCAGCAGGCAGCCAAGCCACUCAGCACUCCAAAGGCUCCGACUUUCACCCAGUUCCACAACGACCCACCCGCAAUAAUAGCGCAGUAUGCCACAACACUGUUGCAAUGGAUGGCACAGCGAUGGGUCCGACACGCCAGUCUUUCAAUUGCACAACCUCAGUCGGUACCUACAACCAGCGCGACAGCCGCCGGGUCAAACAAGGCAUCAACUCCAGACAAGAACAGACCUAUUGAUGCACGUGUAAAAGAUGGUCGAAUCUCCAAGCCGUGGCAACGCAUUGGAGGCAUCAAGACCUACCAUACAAAAGGUAUCGUGAACGAGGGGGUGGACUGCUAUCGCAACAGCCUUAUGCAGGUUCUUGUUCAUCAGCCCGCAUUCUUCCGGUACCUGCUCAACUCGCAUCAAACCUGCGAACAUAGAGACGGAAAGAUCGAGUCAGCGCGAAUGUGUGCCGUUUGCGCUUUGCAGGCGCUCUUUCGGGUAUACUGGCAGACCAUCUUCGAGACGCCAGUCCAGCUAGACAGGGCACUUGAACGCAGCAUCCAGACUUUCACAAGGGCGUUGAAACAAGAUUCAAAUAAAUCCUUCUGCUCUCGCGAAUUCAUGAACGAUCUGCUAAGGAACGACCAGAACGAUCCGUUCGAGCUACUUGCCUUCCUUGUGGCGUCGCUUCAGGAAAAGGAAAGAAUAGAUGCAGCUCCACAGCAGGCAAACGUCACCGUGAGUGAGGCAGAUGCUCCUGAAGACCACCGCUCUACAGCCGAACUGUUCAAGUUUGAGCUCCAGCGUCAAUGGAUCUGCGAAGACUGCGGCAAUGUCACUGGAUAUCGGGACCCAGUUUCAGACGCAGUAGGUCUACUGGUCAGCAUUGGAAGCGAAGAGCGUCGGACGCUACUUGUCGAGUACCUCCGUGGCGAAAUUUUCGCUGACGUUGUGAGUAUCACUUGCACGGAUGGGAAAUGCGCUGGGAAGCUCGCGAUGAAGAAGCGUCAACGGAAGCUGCUCAUCACGCGGCCUCCGGAAAUCCUAGUGAUUCGUCUCGAGAGGGGGAAGCAGGACCUUAAUGCUGAAGGUAACGUGGUCAUGAGAAAGCUUCGCACCAAGAUCGGUUACGAAGAGUACCUCAACCUUGGCGAGUAUACUGUGGACGAGGAGCCGCUCAUGUAUCGUCUGGACGGCUGCGUGGCUCACCAGGGUAGCAGUACCAAGGGUGGUCACUACGUAUCCGCAGUGCGCGAGAUGGACGGCAAGACGUUUGUGUGCGUCGAUGACAACGUCAAACACUCUCGUUGGUUGGGAAACGUGAACGAAGUGGAACGCCCGAGAUGUGGGUCCGAGACUUACGACCCGGAAUCCGACAGUCUCAGAGGUGGGGCGGAUCCAUAUAUUCUUGUAUAUAGUAGAGUUCGCACACCGCGUUAAGAUGAUAUUAAUCGUUAC